AUGCUCGGUGAUAGCAAUAAAACUCUCAAGCGGUGCGAAGACGAGCCCAUCCGGACACCAGGUGCAAUCCAAAGAUUUGGAGCUCUGAUCGCCCUCAGAGAGGAAUCUCCCAAUCAACUGGUUGUGCGUGCCGUGAGCGAAAAUUCAGAACAGAUUAUUGGCUUCGCACCGCGAAGGUUGUUUGACUUGGAAAGUUUCACUGAUAUUUUGCAAGAAGACCAGUCUGUCACUUUCUUAGAGCAUCUCGACCUCGUUCGAGACGAUUCAUAUGAUUUAAUCAUUGACGGCCCCGAGGUCUUCCUCCUUGCAAUACAAGGGCCCCACGGCAAAAUCACUCGAUUUUGGUGCGCUACUCAUGUUAGCCAAGAGAACAAAGAUAUCAUCAUUUGCGAGUUUGAACUGGUGGAAGACCACCUCAACCCGUUAAAUAUUGAGGAUCAAAAACGCCCAGAAACUCCCACAAAUACGCUACGAACGGAUCCGCCCCCUAGUAAAGAACAAUAUCUUCAAAGCACGACAAGCGCAAGCCAUUCAGUACGGUCCAUCCGUGAUGUACGACGGAGAAAGGGCGAAGAUGCUGCAAUGCAAGUUUUUGGUGUACUAUCUCAGAUUCAAGCCCAGCUUGCUCAAGUAACGGACCAAGACACAUUGCUCCAAGUCGCUGCUGGUCUAGUGAAGGAGCUGGUCGGAUUCCACCGAGUCCUCGUUUACCAGUUUGAUCACCAAGCGAAUGGUCGAGUUGUAGCUGAGUUGAUGGACCCAGAUGCUUCUCUCGACUUGUAUCGAGGCCUGCAUUUCCCAGCUUCAGACAUUCCGGCUCAGGCUCGCGAGCUCUACAAAGUCAACAAAGUCCGAUUAUUAUACGACCGAGACCAUGUUACUGCCCGACUCAUUUGUCGGACAUUGGAGGAUCUGGAAACGCCCCUUGAUAUGAGCCACGCCUAUCUUCGAGCGAUGUCACCGAUCCAUGCCAAAUACCUUGCAAACAUGGAGGUGCGUUCGUCAAUGUCGAUCAGUAUCAAUGCCUAUGACAACCUGUGGGGCCUGAUAUCCUGUCACUCAUAUGGCGACGACGGUAUGCGCGUUUCGUUCCCAGUCCGGAAAUUGUGCCGCUUAGUUGGCGACACAGUUGCUCGAAACAUCGAACGUAUCAACCAUGCCUCUGACCUCCAGGCGCGUGUGAUGGUCAAUUCUAUUCCGAAAGAAGCCGACCCAUCAAAGUACAUUGUUGGAACAUCAGAUGACUUGCUGCAACUAUUCCAAGCUAAUUAUGGUGUACUUUCUAUUGGAAACGAAGCCAAACUUUUCGGUAGCAAGUCGAAUUCACAAGAGGCUCUUGCGCUUUUGCAAUAUAUACGUCUACGAAAGGUCACGUCGGUCCUUACGUCACAUGACAUUGGAAAAGACUUCCCCGACUUUACUUUCCCUCCAGGAUUGAAACGGAUAUCGGGUUUAUUAUGUGCUCCGAUGGGCCCUGAUGGCACCGAGUUCAUUGUGUUCUUCCGGGUUGGAAAAUUGACAACGAUCAAUUGGGCUGGAAAUCCACACAAGCCUGUGGGCGGUGGUAUUGGACCCUUAACACCACGCCAAAGCUUCAAGGAAUUCCGUGAGAUCACUUUGAGCGAGUCAAAACACUGGUCCGAAUCCGACAUUUCCACAGCCGCUAUCCUUGGAUCCGUUUACGGGAAAUUCAUUCAAGUAUGGCGACAGAAAGAAGUGCUCAAACAGAAUUCGCAGCUUACGCGACUUCUGCUUUCCAAUUCAGCUCACGAGGUCCGCACCCCGCUGAAUGCAGUCAUCAACUAUUUGGAGAUUGCAAUGGAAGGGACCUUGGAUCAGGAAACUCGGGAGAACUUGGUCCGAUCCCACUCAGCUUCGCAAUCUCUAGUCUACAUUGUCAAUGAUCUCCUUGACCUUGCGACUGAAAGCGGACAACAGCUCGUCAAGAAUGAGCCUUUCGAAUUAGAGCCCACGCUGCAUGAUGCCUUUGAGAUGUUGGCAGGUGAAGCAAAGCGGAAAGGCAUUUCCUACACAUCCAAUAUACGCCCCGGACUUCCAGAUGCUGUGUUGGGAGACCAACGUCGCGUGCGCCAAAUCUUUGUUAAUCUCAUAUCGAAUGCCAUCGAGAAUACAUCGAAGGGUGGUGUGAGCGUUGAGGCCCAGCUUUCCAGUGUCCAAGGCGAUCGCACGAUGCUUGAGAUGUCAGUUGUCGACACAGGUUCAGGGAUGUCGAAACCUAGACUCGAGCAGCUCUUCCGAGAACUCGAAGAAGUUUAUGCGCAUGAGUAUUGGAUUGGAGGUGGACACGAUAACGCACAAGAUUCAGGUGAUGGCGGCGAGAAGCAACGUGUCCUGGGCAUCGGUCUUGCGAUGACCGCCCGCAUUGUGCAUACGAUGCGUGGACAGCUCACCGUGAAGUCUACAGAGGGCAAAGGCAGUCGUUUCAAGAUUAUUCUUCCAUUUGAACUUCCGGGAGAAUUAUCCUCGUUGUCCUCUCAGAAUCAGACCAGAACAGAGUACCUCGAUAUGCCAGCAUCGCCCUCAAUUCUGGAAGGAGAAGUCACUAUGCUGGUUGAUGAUGACAAAAAUAAAAUCAAAGAUACAGCGCAGGACGCUCGUAUCAGUCCCGAUUCUGAUGAGAGGGGUCAACCUCAUCAGGACAAGUUUUCACUUCCAGAAAACCAGGACAUCCCUCCACGCCGCCUUUCGCAAUCUGACGAAGGCUUGCAAACUUCGCCAUCAAAUCACCAGCAACAACCAGACAUGGCACACCCCCCGGAAAGCACUGCACCUUUCCAGACACAUGCGUCAACCCCUUCUUCCAGGAAUACGGCUCUGAAUAUUCUCGUUGCAGAGGACAAUCCAGUCAAUAGCAGGAUUUUGGAAAAGCGAUUGAGCAAAAUCGGUCACACGGUUCGACUUGCCAACAACGGCAAAGCAUGCGUGGAUGCAAUUCUGUCCGGAAGCGAAACCCCUGAUGUGAUCUUGAUGGAUAUUCAGAUGCCUUUCAUCGAUGGAAAGGAAGCUACAAGCUUGAUUCGCGAGGCUGAAUCCAAUCAAUCUCAAUCUUCAGACUCAAAUCCGAAGACUCAAUUCACCAGGGUCCCCAUUUUUGCAGUAUCAGCAUCUAUUGAGGAGAAGAACAAGAAGGAGUACAUCGAUGCCGGAUUCGAUGGUUGGGUCUUGAAACCGAUCGACUUUGCAAUUCUCAACUCAAUCUUGGCCGGUAUACAUGAUUCAGAGGCUCGCGCAGGCGCUGCCAAGGUUGGUGAAUGGGGAACAGGCGGGUGGUUUGCAUUAUAG